GUGCAAGCACAUCAAGAAACUGAUGUAGUAAUUGGUUGAUGACGAUUUCCGGAAGUAGAUGUCUGAAGGGUCUGAAGCAUGUAAUGGAGAGUGUAUGUGUUGAAAAUGUGACUUUUCAGUACUGGAAGUUGCCAUUAUUGUGCGCUUCAAAUGUAUUUGUUUUACUAGUCUGAUGAUUGUGUCGCGUUGUAUUUAUGUAUCCGUAAAAUGACAGUCAAGUGUUGUGUCUGAAAUUAAUGAAUAUCGGAUGAAAAUUUGACACUUGACCAGGAUGGAAAAGGUUACUCCAGAAGAUGAUUUCCCUGGAAGACUUCUGCAUCAAGCUGCAUUAUGGGAUAACGCUGAGUUGCUGGAAGAUUUGCUGCGGGGAGAACAGAUAGCCCACAUUAACAGUCAAGACUCUUGGGGGCGAACAGCACUGCAUGCAGCAGCCACAACUGACAACUCUCGUUGUUUAGGAAUCUUACUUCAAGCUGGUGCGGAUCCAAAUAUUCCUUGUGGUUCCAGAGGAGACAACAGGACACCACUUCACAUGAGUUCAGAACAUGGCUAUAUAAGCAAUGUGAAACAGCUCCUUCUUCAUGGGGCUGACCUUGUGGCACGUGACAACAGUGGCCUCACAUCGCUUGAUAUAGCAGAGAAGAGCGAACAUAUAGAAUGCAUGCUGGUCCUCAAGCAGACAGCUGAUGCAAAAGAGGCAGCACGACAAAGAUGCCAUGCGUCACUUCGAGAUACGUGUGCCGCAGGGGAUGUAUCCCUCCUCAGGAGCUUGUUGCAGCAGUUGGGUUCAGAGGCAGAACUGGUUGUCAACAUGGCACCCAGUGGCUCCAACACCCUCUUAUUCAUGGCAUGUGAAAUGGGUCAGAAAGAAAUAGUGAAAGUACUGCUAGAUCAUAAUGCAGAUGGCAGGAUACAUCCAGUUACCAAGUACUCUCCACUUUAUAUUGCUUGUUACAAUGGCAAGAAGGAUAUUGUUGAGUUACUUCUCAAGAGGUUUCCUGAACUGGUACAACAGCACACAGUGGAGCGCUGGUUGCCAAUACAUGCAUGCAGCAUCAAUGGUCAUGUCAGUGUGAUGGAGCUGCUCCUGAAGUGUCCUUACCCACCUCACUUAAUGCAGAAGUUCAGGGAUCCAACAGGAGAAUGGGAAUAUGAGAUGCCAUUUGAUUUAAAUAUGAAAGAUGUGACUGGUCAGAAUGUGUUAUAUGUUGCAAGUUUCCUUGGAAAUUACAAAAUGGUAGAUUUGCUGCUCAAAUUCCGAGUGAAGGCUACAAGAAUCAAGGCUGUGAAAGAACAGGAACAGAAUGAAGAAGAACGCGAAAAGAAUGUAGGUGAAAUACUAAGUCCGACACGGCGACGCAUCUCGGAUGGCAUUAUCUCCAUCAUGGCACGUUUAAACCUGAGUCGUGCGGGUGUUGAGGGACAGGGACCAGGAGGAAUAGGAACAGCAGGGAAGAAUGAGUGUUAUCUGAGCCCAUUGCAGCUGAAUGUGUACUGCAACAACAACUGUGAGACGGUGCUGCAAUCUGCAGUUAGGGGUAGGCAUGCUGAUGUGGCAGGAGUCCUGCUCCAAUGUGGAGCAGACCCUAACAUCUCUUGUCGGCAGCCAGACUCUGUAAUGGCAGAUCCAGAGGACUCAGGAGCAUCGUCAGUCUCAACAGCGCUGGUGGAAGCCUGCAAGAACCGAGACAUUGGUAUGGCUGACUUAUUGCUACGACAUUCAGCUCGUGAUGAUGACUGCAAAGCUCUCCGUAUAGCUGCUCGCCACAAGGAUGCCAUCCUCAUUGCAAAGCUGCUGUCCAUCAAGGCAUACCCUGAUCCAGACUAUAGGCUGAAUAAAGCAGCAAUGACAGAGGAAGGCUUGCCUGUCAUGCCCCAAUUUGGCCACACCAGUCUCACUUACAGUUCGCUAUUUCCCAAUACUGCAGUCAUGAUCAACUGGCACAAUCAACAGUGUGACCUGUCUCAAGUCCGCAAGCAGUGGUUGAUAGAUGCAGCUCUGAAUGUGAAUCCCAAGUUGAAGUUGAACCCUAGGAAUCAAGACAUUGUUCUGUAUGCGAUUACAAGAAUAGACCUGUCAAAAAAUUCUCUCACCUGGCUUCCCCCUAUCAUAUUCCAACUCCCUAGUCUCAGGUAUUUGAAUGUAGCACAGAAUAAGAUUGAGAAGUUACCUCCAUCUGGUGACCAUGCUGCUGCUGUUUCACCUGCAAGGAAAUUGCAAACUAGUAGGGGGACAGCCAUUCCAGAGAGACUGGGGUACGCUGCUCCAGUAUUGGAGGAAGUCUACCUUCAGGACAACAGGCUGGAGCAGAUCUGUGAGGAAAUCUUCAUGCUGCCAUCUCUUGUGACACUUGAUGUAUCCAAUAACAAACUGCAGACUCUGCCUUAUAAUAUGUGGAAGUCUCCGAAGUUAAAGGAACUGAACGCUGCUUUCAAUCUCCUCAGGGAACUUCCAGCAAAUUCACCUGAAGAGUCUCAAGAUACUGUGAAUAGUGUUCCAUGUACUGAGACUAAUAAGAGUUGUCACAAUAGCAGUGGGGAGACAGUUUUAGAAUUUAGUGGGAGUAUGGAUAUCUCUUCAGCAUCUGACAACGAAGGCAACUCCACUAGUGAAGAAAAUUUGCUGGAUGCACACACACUGCAUGCAGCAUUUGUUAAAGUGAAAUCUGUUCAACAACUGGACAUAACACAUCAUAAUAUCUGGAGCCGCAAUGUGGAAGUGACAGAGCAGAUAAUGCACCAUGAUGAUGAGAAUGAGGAUAAUUGCUCACAGCUAUCAGCAUUAAAUCUUGCCCACAACCAAUUCACCAGUGUGCCGGUAGCAUUGCCUUGCCUUGCUGUGAAUCUCACAAGGCUAAACCUCAGCUACAACAGUCUGCGCAGCAUGAGUCAUAUAACUUCAUAUCCAAGCUCUCUAAAGCAGCUAGACCUAUCACAUAAUCAGAUUUGCUGCUGGCCAAGUUUACCACAAGUUGAAGCCAUUGACAGCAUGGAGCAGGCCUUGACAGCUUGUUAUGCUCCUGCUGACUGUGGGAGCAAGUCCGGGAGCAAACUUCCAGUUUUGCCAGGUCGCCGUUCAUUACGCAAAGCAAUCCUAAAUGUGGUAUGUUCACAUCGGCGCCAUCUGCGUUUGGACAACCUCCGUACUCUUAUCUUGGCUGACAAUAACCUCGCACGUAUUCAGUUGUCAACUGAUGAUGAUGGAGCUAGCUCGGUCUCAGAAGAAGAGGAAGCUGACUGGGAUGUUCUGAACACUCCGACAGGUCAAAGCAAGAGUCGCCUCAUGUUUCCUAACCUCAGUAUGCUGGAUAUCAGCAACAACCAAUUGCGAGAGAUACCUCACAACAUUCAUGAGCUUAACAACCUCUCUGUUCUCAACAUCAGUGGAAACAUAGAUAUCUGUGAGUUGCCUCCCCAGAUGGGCCUCUUGUCUCGUCUGUGGAAUCUGAACACCAGAGGCUGUAGUCUACAGGAACCUCUGAAAUCAAUGAUUGACUCAAAGAAAUACAAGACAAUGGAUGUGAUUGGGUACCUGAAGUCUGUAUUAGAGGAUGCACGGCCAUAUGCACGCAUGAAACUGAUGAUUGUUGGAGUGCAAGGAAUUGGGAAGACUUCACUACUGGAACAAUUACGGCAGGAAGGAUUUGGUUCCUACAAGAAGAAACCAGUGGAGCAUUGGGCCAAGCGUAUGGGCAAUAAGAACAUCAAUGUGAAAACUUCUCGGGGGACAAAUAUGUCUACUGUGGGAGUUGAUAUUGGAGAUUGGGUGUUUGAGAAGAAGAUACGUGGCCAAUCAUCUUAUGGGCCAGUUGUCUUCAGGACUUGGGAUUUUGGAGGUCAGCGGGAAUAUUAUGCCACACAUCAAUACUUCCUGUCAAAGAGAAGCCUCUAUCUUGUCGUCUGGAGGAUUCCUGAUGGACAGCGGGGUAUCAAUGAGAUUCUACAUUGGCUUGUGAAUAUUCAGGCACGAGCUCCAAACUCGCCUGUUCUGAUUGUGGGUACUCAUUAUGAUAUGAUGAGGGAGUAUUACCCUGCAUCCAUCUCCGAGGAUCUUCAGCAGCUAAUCAGGGACAGAUUCAUUAACAUUGUGGAUGCAGAGAAGUGUGGUCUUCCCCGAGUACUAGACACUAUCGAGGUGAGCUGCAAGACACGGCACAACAUCAAGCUGCUGUGUAAUCUUAUUUAUGACACAGUCUUCAGUCUUCGGCCACCAGGCAGUAAGGAAUUGCUGUUGGAACAGAGAGUACCAGCUAGCUACUUGGCACUUGAAGACGUUAUCAGCCAUCUAGCUGCUGACCGCCGGACCACAGGGGUGGAUCCUGUCCUUAAUGCUGAGCAAUACAAAGCUGUGGUGACUACAGAAAUGCAAUAUCGCUACCAACGCAGCUUUCGUGAUGCUGCAGAACUGCAUCAAGCCACAUUGUUUCUCCAUGAGAAUGGAGUGUUACUGCACUAUGAUGAUGCAACCCUGAAGGAUCUAUACUUUUUGGAUCCACAGUGGCUGUGUGACAUGCUCGCUCAUGUAGUCACCAUCAGAGAGAUCAACCCCUUUGCUCGCACAGGUGUGAUGAAGCUGGAUGACCUGAAGCACGUGUUUAAGUCUUCUAACAUAGGACCUGUGGAUACACGAUGUUACAUUGUGAAUCUUCUUAACAAGUUCGAAGUAGCUCUGACGUGGGACAGCCGGACUCUACUCAUACCAUCAUUGCUUCCAUCAGAAGAAUCAAUGCGGGCAGCCCACACACAGCUAGUGAGGGUAAAGAUCCCAGUGCGAUCUCGGGGCUGGGCGGUACGCAGCAAGAAGCUGAGCGUCUCAACUGGAGCCUCAACACUGGUUGGCAAUUCAUCAUUUUAUACUCAGACCCCUGAUCAGUUCCAGCUGCAGAGACCACUUGCCAACACUACUUCACCAAUGAAGAUCAGUGGCCCAAGUAUUCCCACUGAAGAAGGUGUAGAUGCAACAGCAGCAUUCCAAAGUGAGAUUACCCACCGGUCAGACCCAGAAUGCUCCAUUAGGCGCCUAUUGCUUAUGUCAUACUUCCCCAGUGGGUUCUGGUCACGACUUAUCACAAGGAUUCUUGCAGAUGAUGCCAUUGUUGACAUUGUUCGUGCCUUCUUCAUCAUGCCUAAGGAGGUAAUGCAGGACACAAAGCUGGCACAACUACUGGAUGUGCGUGCAGAGUGGGUGCUGUGGCAGACUGGGAUGGAAAUGCGGUAUGCAGAUACAACUAUAUUUCGUAUGAAGGAGGUACUGCCAAAUAUGAAAAAUUCGCCUGUUGAUUACAGACAACUCAGAGUCAGAUUGAAGCAGGAAGAUGUGUGGGGAGAUGUUGAUCUAGUGAACUCUUCUAUCCUAGAGAUUUACUUCCCAGUGGAUACUAUAGUUAUAAAACGUCCUAUCACAGAUCAACUUGGAGGCAGUGAGCCAAUUGGCUAUCAGGCUAUUGUGUUGGACCCAAGCCCUGAAUGCACAGCUCAGUUGCUGGCCCUUGCUGUGGAUCAUAUUGAUAUUUUACUGGAGGACUGGUAUCCAACUCUAGGUACAAGGUUUGUGCAUACAUCUGAAGGCCGCUUCUUAGUGACAAGACUUGUCCUGUGUCCUCGAUGUGUGGCAGCCUCUCAAGGGGACACUGAAUUGGCUCAGCACCAACAUCAAAGAUCAGACAACUGGAGUGAAAGUAGUAUUCCUAUUGGAGCUCUUGGACCGAGACAUGUUGCUGAGGCUUUCCACCAAGUGGAGAGUGAGAACCAGUUGGGCCUACAUCAAGUUCGUAAAUCUCAGGAGAGCUAUACGUCAGAUGGCGAUGGUGACAGUGGUGUAGGCCAUGAUUCUACAAGUUCUAGCCGCAUGCCAUCGGUCGAAGGACAUCCAAGUUACAAUAUGGAUGAGCCAUGUCACUUAGCAGAAGAUAUAGAGCCUUUGGUAUCUUAUAGCUGGAUUGUGGAGGAAUGUAUUCUGGCAGCAUAUGAUCGCAAGUCUGUUACAUGCCCAAGCCAUGGUGACGUUCCUUUGGCACAAGUUGCUCCUGAUACAGUCUUUCUUGAUCUUGGCGAAAGACAUCUUAUUCGUCCAGACAAUAUCAAGAAAGGACACCUGCUUGGUCGUGGUGCAUUUGGCUUUGUGUUCAAAGGAACUUGCAAGCUUCGUGGUUCUAAUACAUACAUAGACGUGGCUAUGAAGAUGCUGCAGCCUGUUCAACCAGGUCCCAAUGCCCGACAGUCUGCUGUGAUAGCUUACAAGGCAGCUCAGGGGAAAUGGGAUCGAGACCCACUCCAGUAUGCUUGUAAAGCCUACUGUACUGCUAGGCAAGAGUUAAACAUUCUCCUGAGCUUACGCCACCCCAAUAUUGUGCCUCUAGUGGGAGUCUGUACACGACCCCUAGCCCUGGUAUUGGAUCUGGCUCCACAAGGGGCACUAGACACCACUCUGCGGCAUUAUCGACGUUCUGGUGCUCGUGUUGGUCCAUAUUGUCUCCAGGCUAUCAUAUUGCAGGUUGCGAAAGCCAUUGAGUAUCUACACCAACAACAUAUUAUUUACCGUGACCUCAAGUCUGAAAAUGUUUUGGUUUGGGAAAUGCCUCCUCCAUGCCAUGAUACUUCUGAACACAACCCUGUACAUGUGAAGUUAGCUGACUAUGGAAUCAGUCGACUAACGUUACCAUCAGGAACAAAGGGAUUUGGUGGCACUGAAGGUUUCAUGGCUCCUGAAAUCAUGCGAUACAAUGGCGAAGAGGAAUACACUGAAAAGGUUGACUGCUUCUCCUUUGGCAUGUUUAUCUAUGAGCUGCUGACAUUGCACCAGCCAUUUGAAGGCCAUGAAUCAGUGAAAGAAUGUAUUCUUGAGGGUGGACGUCCUCCACUUACAUGUAGGGAAACAUUAUAUCCCAGCUAUAUGCUAGAUCUUAUGGUGCUCUGCUGGUCACAGUCACCACGAGAUAGACCAUCAGCCAGUCAGAUAGUCUCUAUAGCUUCAGCACCAGAAUUCACACAUCUCUGUGAUACAGUGUCAUUGAAUCAUCCAGCACCAGUUGUUGCAUCUGCUGUAGUUCCUGUGCCAGAGAUUGGUGAUGAUGGCUUGUGUGGAGCAGAACUGUGGUUGGCUUGCUCGUCUUCAAGGACUGAUCUGCUACUAGCGACACACCGUGGCUGGGUGCAGUACUGCACUCUGUCUCUACCAGAGAAACCUACUGCAGCUUGCCUUGUAGGGGACAAUAUUUGGCUUGGUGACUGUACUGGUCAGAUACAUGCAUUCAUAGGUAGAGACUGCCAGUCACUCUUCAGCUAUGCACUAGACCCUGAAGCACCAGAGCCAUGUGCUGUGAGCAGUCUGGUGCUUCUUCCCAGGCUCCAGAGAGUGGCUGUUGGGCUUACCAAUGGUCGGCUAUUUCUUGUACGAAGUGACGUCUUACCAUCAUAUUCCAGGAUGGGUGAAGGUAGUUUUGUGAUGACAGAAUUAGGUAACAGCACUAUUCUACAUUCUCUCACAGCUGUGUUCAAGGAUCAAGGCAGAACCUGCGAACUCUGGUGUGGCCAAUCAGAUGGAAGCAUCUCCAUCUUCACAAUUCAUGAGAACAUUGUGACAUCUCAGGACAUUGUAAAUCAUUAUGAACCCAUGAUAGAGAACAUCAGUGUUCUAAAUCUUGUUUCAACCCACUGUCCACUGUAUCAUGAGGGUAGUGAUGUCACAGUAUGCUCCUAUGUCUAUCCAGGCUGUGUGGUUUACCAGUGGGAUCCAGCGACACACAGCAUUCUCAACAAACUGGACUGCUCCAAACUGGUGCCUUGCUCUGAGAGUCUCAAAUCUAUCAGCAUUGAAGAGCAUCUCAGUCCAGGCAAAUGCCAGGUGACAAGCAUGGCAAUCCUCAAUACUGAGCUGUAUAUUGGCACAACGUGGGGAUGCAUUAUAGUGGCUGAACGAUCGACGAUGCGUCCCAUCACUGUGUUCCGUCCUUUUGCAGAGGAAGUACGUGCUAUUGUUCCAUUGCUUCGCCCUACUGCAGAAGUCAGUUCUGCAACUGGUGAUGAUGUAACAGGCACUCCUGCAGAUGCCCAUAAGAAGCAGAGCUGUCCCCUGAUUGCAACAGUUGGUCGAGGAUAUCGCAGUUUGAUUGCACGGUACACUGACAUGGUGAUGACCCCAACAGGUGUUCAGAGCCCCAUGCACAUGUAUCAUAGCAAUGGUGUUGACCAAACUGUAGGAGGAGGUGAGGUAAGGACCCACAAUAUGUAUGCUCUGUUGUGGAGAGCAGAGAGAUGGGCUGCUUCAUAAGUGACUUUGUUGAGUCUCUUACAUGAUCUCAUGGCAGAGUUGUUGCUCUGUAGAAUUUCUUUGUUGUAAAUUUCACCUCUGUGAUAUAAAGAGAUUGGAUUGUGGGUUGGUGAAACUGAAAGACAUUGUUCAACUGUAGACUACUUGCGCUGUAAACAUGAGAUAUGGCAGUGCUGGAAGCUGUUGGAUGUCUGUUGAAGGAUCUAAAUUGUUGUUACAAGAUUAUUGAAGUGCUGCUUGACAGCUGCAUGAGUUACAGUUAUCUGUAUUAUAACUUGAACAUAUUCCUGUGUUCCAAGAAAGAAACUGUGAAUUUAAUAUUUGAAUCUAAACUUUUCAGUGAUCAUUUGUGUAUGAGCAAAUAAUUAUGACAUGAUGUUUGUUGGUUGGUUUCUGGUGCCUCCAAAUAUGGUCUCUUUAACUGUUCUUGCCUCUCUCCACUUUAGCAUUUCAGAAUUUGGGGCCUCCAGAGGGCAGAUUCUUUAACCCCAAUAAUAGAAUGAGCUUGCAGAUGAUAGCAGGGUACACCUACAACUUUUAACAUGGGCUUGAAUGAUGGGGAAUUGGGAGCCUGGUGUUCGUCACAUUCCAAAAUCUUUUUCUUCGGUAGAAGUGAAGGAUUAAAUCAAAAUCUGUUAACAGCAAUAUUUUGCACACAUAUCUGGAAAUCAGAACCCUUUGAAUGAGAGACUAGUGUUGUAAUCAAAGAUCACCAGGGUCCCCCUUAUGACAAGAUAUUGAUUUUCAGAAUUAAAUUUACAUAAGCCCAUUGUUAGGCCAAGAUAAUUUUAACUGGUGCAGGUAAUCUUUCUGUUUUAAUAUAUGAGUAUCUUCUUUUACCUGGUUUUUCCUCGUUCUUCUUGGUCUCCAGAGUGGUAAUAUGUAUUCAUCAUCAAUUUUAACAUAACUGACCAGAAAUUUCAUUGUUGUCCAUGUGUAACAGAUGUUCCUACCAAUAUUUCUUUAAUCUUUCCAACUUUUCUUGCAGAGAUUUUGCUUUCAGGUAAUGCUGAAUGGCCUUCUUUUCACUUUAUUCCUGCCUCUAUUUGCUUGAUAAAUAUACUUAACCUCCAUCGUUUUUUCAACUUUUCAUGCAGAGUUUUCCCUUUAAGAUAUUGCUGAAGGCCCAACUUCUGAGUUUAUCCCUGCCUGUUUGUUCAAUUGAAAAGUGUACCCAGCCUCUUUGAAUAGAUCCUGGCCCAAGUGACAGCAUCUGAGUACUGACGGGUAGGAUCUUGUUGGUGCAUUCAUUUCAUGCAUUAUAUUUUCUUACAGUAUUAACCUGCUGUGAUUGUAUUAAAUACCAUCUUCAGCAACUGUUUCUUAUGUUACAUAAAAUACAUAGAUUUUAAGUAACAGUUUGUAACUUCUGUAUUUGGAAACUGAUGGUAUAGUUGUAAUUUUUAGUUCAUACCAUAUUAUAGUAACAUUUUUCUGUUUCUGGUUCAUAGAUUUUACUCUGAAUUGGAAGUGAUCUGAAGUCAAUUUGUCAAUGUUAUUAGUAUACGAGUAGUAUGUUUAAUGUCUGUAAUUUGUAUUUACUUCAGAGCACUGAAAGACAAUUCUUUAAAUGAGAAACAGAAAAGCUUCAGUGGUGGGCUUUUGUAAAUGACCUUUAGGCUUUAUAACAACAGGAAGUUUCUUGAGUACCUGAUUAGCUGUUACAUUCUCAGGCAAGAUCCUGUAUCAUGAAGUCAUUACUGUCUUCCAUAUGUUAAAACACAAAUUUUUUGCUGCCAAAGAGAAGUUCUGUGAAUGAAUAUUAAAAUACCAUUAGUCUGCAGUUUGAACAACCUGAAAUGUUUGUUACACUGUAACCAAAAUAGGAUGUAUGUUUAUUCUAUGGUUGUGUGAGUGAGCCUGUGGAUAUGAAAUGGAUAUACAGAUUUAUGGAUUUGCAUGGUUAGUUUGUGACAGUUUUAAGAUUUUUAUUUAACAAAAAGCACUGCUUAUGAAAAAUGAAAGUCAGAUGUGAAAUAUCCAGAAAUUAAGAGACUUGUAAAUUAUAAUUCUGGAUUAAUUUCACAAACAAUAUGAUGAGUUUCUGAUUGUUAUAAUUUUUACUCAUGUUCUUUUAGGACCUCAUUUUUUUUUAUUCUUUUUGUAAAUAUCCAAAAUCAAAACCCAUUUAGGUCCUACAAUCGAAACAUAAUUCUCUGAUGCUUCUCUCUGUAUAUCUACUUAGAAACUUCUGUGAAACCAUCUGCACUUGGCCAUUACCAACUGAUCAGAAAACUAGAUACAUUUAUUUUGCAUUCAGUUGCUGUCAGCAGAAUGUGUUCACUUUCCCUCUUUAAAGGCAGUAUCUGUAGAUAGGGUGCUCCCUACAAUUUUGAUGAUGGGAAGGCUUAAUUCUGGUCUGUCUUUCAGAAUAAUAUUUUAACAGAGCUGUUGAGAGGUUAGGCUCGUUAAAAAUGGUAAUUUGAAGUAAGUGAUACUACAAAAUAAUGACUGGAAUAAAGCAGAUAUAUUUUGAUGCACUGAAUGACACAUUAAAAUGAUCUGGCAAAGUGAAUGAAGUACAUGUUUCCUGUCAUCUGACAAAACAGAGGUUCUGCUUUUAUUUUCUUCAAACAUGUCAUCUAGAUGGCCUUGUGGUUGCAGCCAUACAUUCAGAAGGUGAAUUUAACCAUAUUAAAAUUGAGGAGGUUAUCAGAAAAAAAAACACUGUUAUAAAGUAUUUAUAACUUAGAUUCUUAUUGGAUUUGUUUAUGUCAUAAUUAAUGCUCGAGGAAUAGCCUGAAUUUCAAGGCCUAUUUUCAGUUCAUAAUCAGUUUCUUAUCCUUACCUAUAUGAAUAUAUAUGAAGUUAACUCCUUAUGGUAUCUAAGUUGUGUACUUCUGAAUACAUAACAAUUUUUUUAAUACAUUAAUUAAGUGUAUGUGUAUGUCUUGAGUGCUUGUUUGUUUCUGCCUCUGUUGCUUUUGGAGAGCUCUGUUGAUUGUAAUGGAUAAAGGCAUUCCAGAACACCACUCUGGAAAUUAAGAAAUUCAAUACAUUUUAUUAUAACAAGUUACAAAUUAAUAAUUCCAACAUAAGCUUCUCUUAUGUUUGUGCAGAAUAUGUUUAAUUAGUAUUCUUGCUUCGGAACGGCUUAGUACAAUGAAUCUCUUUCAUAGUAUUUUGAUUGUUUAUGGUUGUCAUGAAAUAAAGAUGGUGCUUUACCUGUGUGCUGAAGUGAUAAUUCUGAAACUCUUUUGGGAGGUAUGUACUACUAGUCAUAUUACAUGACUAGCAUUGAUAGGUACACUGGUUUUUGUGUUAAGAUAUGCUUUUAUGUUGAAAAGUUUUGAAUGUAAUGAUACCAAAGAUAAUUAAUGAUGUAUAUUAGUUCAGAAUGAAAGACAUAUGGGUUAGAAAGACAGCUGACUCUCAUAUUUCAAACACUGUCUGAUA